UAUGUCCAAUAAAUUUUGGCUUCAUUAUGGCUCAAAUUUUGUUGUUUCAGGUGGUUUAUAGUGAUGUUUACAUGCUUGAUGAUGAGAUGAAGUGGAAAGUCUUGCCUCCUAUGCCGAAGCCAGAUUCACAUAUUGAGUUUGCUUGGGUGCUUGUCAACAACUCUAUUGUCAUUGUUGGAGGCACCACAGAGAAGCAUCCUGUAACCAAAAAGAUGGUUUUGGUUGGGGAAGUUUUUCAGUUCAACUUAAAUACACUGAAGUGGUCAUUGAUUGGAAAACUUCCUUACCGUGUGAAAACCACGCUAGCCGGAUUCUGGAACGGAUGGUUGUACUUCACAUCAGGGCAGAUGGACAAAGGACCAACUGAUCCAGCACCAAGGAAAGUUCUUGGAGAGAUGUGGAGAACCAAAUUGAAAUUGAACUUAUGAUCAGAUUCUUGUUGAUUCUUUUUCUUGGGAUAUUUUUCCCGCCAUAGUUAACCAACAGAGUGAAAACAUUUAUUUUGCUGUCAUUCUUUUUUUACUUUCUAUAGGCAAGUCAUCAAUAUUUUUUUUUCUUCCCUAGAGAGUGAAAUUAGAGAGGGAAUAGAAGAUUUCUUAUGUAUUGAGAAAAGAAAGAAACCUUGUAUUCAUUUAUGUGUAUAUCAAUACUUGAUUAAAAAACAAAUGUAUUUAAAUUCUAAUUAAACAACUUAGUUGAUCAAAUUCAA